AUGCCGUCUUUUUUCGUUCCCGCCCGCUCGUCGCGGCACCGAUUAGCAUGCUUCGCUCUCUACCGCUCCCUCAUCCGGCAGGGCCUUCGGGUCCCGCUUCCCGAUGAGCUCUCCAAAGACUCCCCAUUGGGGCCAGCCAACCCCAUCCGAACCCUUAUCCGCAACGGCUUCCGCCGCAACAAGCGGGACACGUCCCCACGCCUAGCCGUGUCGGCCCUUAAGAACGGCUAUCGCUUCCUCGCCCUCCUCUCGCGCGCCGCCGACGCAUCCACGCCCGAACACGCCUCGGUCCUGGCCUUCCUCCGCGAGAACGAGGCCCGCGUGCUCGCGGUGAAGGCCAAAGCCGCCGAGGAGGCCGCCAAGCGCAUCUCCACGGCCCCGAUCCCCGGCCGCACCCCGAUCAUCACCAAGGUGUCGGCCGAGGGCGAGCCGCCCGUGUACGUGCCGACGGGCCCGCCGCGCCCGCUCUCGUCGUUCAAGAGCGGCGUGCGCAAGCCGCCGACGCUGGCAGCGGCCACGGCCGUACCGUUCCUGCGGCUCAAGAAGCCGCAGCCGCGGUUCCUCGAGCGGGUCAUCCGGCAGAAGGUGGAGCGCAGGGCCAAGAAGGCGAUCAAGAUCAUGGAGAUGCAGAACGAGGGCAUGAUCGACGCCAGCGACGAAGACGAAUGGGAGAGGCUGGUUGCCAAGAUGCUGGCGGAGAACGGGCAGCAGCCCGGCGGGGCAUAUAAGGAAGAAAAGACGUACAGGGACUCGCUGUCGGAGGCCGUGACGCUCACGCUGGAGUCGCUGAACAGGGAUAGGGAGGACUCGGUUGCGAGGGCGAAGGCCCUGUGGCAGAUCGUACUGGCCGAGCAGGAGAUGGCGUUGAAGGAGGAGAAGGAGGGGCUCGCGAAAGAGGGAAAGGGAGCGGAGGAGCCACGGCGCAAAGCUUCGAGCCAUCAGGUAUGA